AUGGAUGAUUAUCUUGUUGACGCGUUCAUGGAACAAUAUAACUGUGGCAAUAAAGUAAAUGGCACGUUCACAACCACUGCGUAUGAAAACAUUGUGAAAGAGAUGAGUGCUUUACUUGAUAUUGAAAUGGACAAGGAGAAGAUUAAGAACAGGUGGAAAACUUUAAAAAAGAACUUCUCUGAAAUUUAUGAUAUUUUUAAAAAUGGUUUAAGUGGGUUUGCUUGGAACCCAUCAACCCAAUUAUGGGAGGCAGAAGAUGAAGUGUGGGAUCAACUUAUUGAGUCAAAGCCUAAAGCUGCAAAUUGGAGAGAUACUCCAUUUCCCAAUUAUAACAAGAUGAUCAUCUUGUAUGGAAAUAAUAGAGCAUCAGGGGAGGGAACUCAUACUAUAGGUGAGAUGCGAAAGAGACAUCAUUCAAUUAAUGAAGAGGACUUUCUUGAUACAGGCAACAACACUGAAGAUGUUGCUUCCCAACAUAAUAUUAAUAUGGAGCAUUUUGAAAUACUUGAUAACAGUGUCAAUCAAGAUAACUCACUUGAAGUUGCAAGUGCUUCAUCUAAAAAGAAGCAAAAGGUGAAUUCAAAUAAGGAAAAAGACUCCGAAUUAAGUGAGAUUAAGGAUGUCAUGUCUGAAAUUGCACAAGCUAUUAGAGAAAGUACUAGAAAGAUUCCACAAGUUUCGGGUGAAGAAGUAUGGAAUAUGAUUAAAGAUUGUGGCGUUUCAACAACCUAUAUUGCCAAGAUCUAUAAAGCUCUUAUGGGUGAUGAUGGGCUACUAAGGACAUUUGUUGAAUGUCCCCUUGUUGGGCGCAAGGAUUUGCUUAUGGAAAUUAUGAAUGAUUUAGGAAAUUAG